UAGAUAGAGUUUGGUUGAAGUGUUGGGACAGCUGAGGAAGUCUGCUAACCGGGCCCUGCCUCAUUUUUCUGGAUUGGACACUGCCAGAAGCAGAGCUGGGAUAAGCACUGCCUGAAAAACUGGUAGAAUUCAAGCAACCAUGGCUCUGCCGAUAGACCCCAUGGAGGAGCCUCGAAUGUACCAGCAAACACUGCUGCAGGAUGGCCUCUGUGACCUGCUAGAAAAUGACACCAUGGUGGACUGCGUGCUAAAGAUCAAGGACAAGGAGUUCCCCUGCCAUCGCUUGGUGCUGGCUGCUUGUAGCUCCUACUUCCGGGCAUUUUUUAAAUCAGGUGUAGAAGCAAGCAAACAGCGCGAGAUUGUUCUGGAGGAUGUUGAACCUGGUGUCAUGGGUAUGAUUCUGAAAUACCUCUACACAUCAAGCAUCAAUGUGACUGAGCAGAAUGUCCAAGACAUCUUCGCUCUUGCCAACAUGCUCCAGAUCCCUUCCAUUUUCACAGUGUGUGUCUCUUUCCUCCAGAAGCGCUUGAGCUUGAGCAACUGCCUGGCCAUCUUUCGCCUGGGAUUGAUGCUCGACUGUCCUCGGUUGGCUGUCUCAGCCCGUAAUUUUGCCUGUGAGCGUUUUCAGCUGAUCACACGAGAUGAGGAGUUCCUACAUCUAAGUCCCAGUGAGUUAGCCGCCAUCUUAGCCUCGGACUCAUUGAAUGUGGAAACAGAGCAGGCCGUAUUUGAGGCUCUGAUCAAAUGGGUGGGCUGUGACAAGGACAAGCGUCUCGAGGAACUCCCGACAUUACUGGACUGUGUGCGCUUCCGACUCGUCCCUGAGGAUUAUUUUGCAGAGCAGGUGGAGCAACACGAGUGGCUGCGAUCUAACCCAGAAAUUACUAAGAAACUGCAGCUGGUCAAAGAUGCUCAUGCUGGGAAGCUUCCAGAGGUCAAGAAGACCAUGACAAAUAAGAAAAGCAAGGAGAAGAAAACAGAGGAAGAUGGCGAAGAGGAAGAAGAUCAGGAAGAGUUACUUCCUGGAAUCCUGAAUGAUAAUUUAAGAUUUGGCAUGUUCCUCAGAGACUUAAUAUUGAUGAUAAAUGACACAAGUUCAGUGGCUUACGACCCUACAGGAAAUGACUGCUAUGUGGCAUCAAUAUCCAGUCAGAUUCCAAAAAAUCACUGCAGCAUUGUAACCAAAGAGAACCAGAUCUUUGUGAUUGGUGGGAUUUUCUUCAAUGAACAGAGUGAAGAGGAACAGCUUAACUCAUACUUUUUACAGUUUGACCCUGCAAGUUCAGAUUGGCUUGGAAUGCCCCCCAUGCCCUCACCACGUUUCCUGUUUGGCAUGGGUGAAGCAGAGAACUCCAUCUUUGUAAUAGGUGGGAAAGAGUUAAAGGAAGGAGAACAAACUUUGGAUUCGGUCCUAGUUUAUCACAGACAAUCUUUAAAAUGGGGAGAGUCCGUUCCACUUCCCUAUGCGGUAUAUGCCCAUGGAACAGUGUCACAAGAUGGAAUUGUGUAUGUAAUAGGAGGAAAAGGAGACAGCAAACAGUGCUUGAACAAAGUUUGUGCUUAUGACACAAAGAAAGGUGAAUGGAAGGAUCUUGCACCACUGAAGACUGAACGAUCGUUGUUUGGGGUCACUGUUUAUAAGGACAAGAUCUACGUGGCUGGAGGUGUUACAGACAAUGGCCUCACUGGCACCAUGGAGGUUUACGACAUUAAAUCAAACAAGUGGUCUGAGUUUGUCGAGUUUCCUCAGGAGCGCAGCUCCCUCAGUCUGAUCACAGUGGGUAAUGGCAUCUACGCUGUGGGUGGCUUCGCAAUGUUUCCAAGUGAAAACUGUGAGGAGCUCACACCAAGAGAGAUGAAUGACAUUUGGAGGUAUGAUGAAAGUGAGAGGAAGUGGAACGGUAUCCUGAGAGAGAUUCGCUACGCUUCAGGUGCUACAGUGUUGGGUGUUCGUCUCAACACAUUGAGACUCACUAAAAUGUGAAACAUGAAACCAACGGCACAACUGUUUGUGUUCACUUGACACCCGAUGUUUGUUUGUUUGUUUUUUUCUAAUAAAGUUUGGUUUUAUCAGACCGAGUGUGAUAUAUGACAAUAAAAGCACUAAAAAACUGGAACUGUGCUUUUCCAUUGA